ACUCGCUCACGACACCCUUCAAUCCAUCGACUUGCAAGCUGUGGGACGACGAAGCAUGGGUGGCGUCAGAACUUUCCUUCUUGCAGCGUGCAUCUUGUUCUCGUCGGCACAGCUCUCAGCUGGUGUUACCAGGCAUUACAAGUUUGAUAUAACCCUACGGAACGCGACGAGGUUGUGCACGACAAAGAGCAUUGUGACGGUCAACGGGCAGUUCCCGGGGCCAAGGAUCGUCGUCAGAGAAGGUGAUCGUCUCGUGGUUAAGGUGGUGAACCAUGUUCGCAGUGACAUCACGAUACACUGGCAUGGCAUACGGCAGGUGCAGAGCGGGUGGGCGGAUGGCCCGGAGUACAUCACGCAGUGCCCCAUCCGCACCGGGCAGAGCUACGUCUACAACUUCACCACUGCAGGUCAGAGAGGCACUCUCUGGUGGCAUGCACACGCCUCUUGGCUGAGGGCCACCGUGUAUGGCUCUCUCGUCAUCCUCCCCAAGCGUGGUGUUCCUUACCCGUUUGCGAGACCAUACAAGGAAGUCCCCAUCAUCUUAGGUGAGUGGUUCAAUGCAGACCCGGAGGCCGUCAUCGCCCAAGCUCUUCGGACUGGCGGAGGGCCAAAUGUUUCCGACGCUUACACGAUCAAUGGCCUCCCCGGUCCCCUGUAUAAUUGCUCGGGGAAAGAUACGUUCAAGCUGAAGGUGAAGCCCGGAAAGACGUAUCUCCUUCGACUGAUCAACGCUGCACUCAACGACGAGCUCUUCUUCGGCAUCGCCAACCACACCGUCACUGUCGUGGAAACCGACGCCAGUUACGUUAAGCCCUUCGACGCUGAAGCCCUCGUUAUCACCCCCGGCCAGACCGCCAACGUGCUUUUGCAUGCCAAGCCGACCUUCCCCAACGCCGCCUUCCUCUUCGCCGCGAGGCCUUAUGCCACCGGGCAGGGCACCUUCGACAACACCACCACGGCCGGCGUCCUCGAAUACCACAAUCCGAACAGAGCCAGCACGAAGCUGCCGUUGCUGAGACCGGCACUUCCGUCCCUUAACGACACUGCUAACGUCACGAACUUCGCCAGCAAGCUUCGCAGCCUCGCGGAUGAUCGGUACCCCUCCGACGUACCACGAACCGUCGACCGGCGAUUCUACUUCACGAUCGGCCUCGGCACGGAUCCCUGUCCCACGAACCGAACCUGUCAAGGCCCCAAUGGCACCAAGUUUGCCGCAUCGGUCAACAACGCCUCCUUUGUGUUCCCCUCCACUGCUCUUCUCCAGGCUCACUACUACUCGCAGUCGAACGGGGUCUACACCACAGACUUCCCGGACAUCCCUCCGUUCCCCUUCAACUACACGGGGACUCCACCCAACAACACGUUCGUGAGCAAGGGAACCAAGGUGGUGGUGCUUCCGUUCAACACCAGCGUGGAGUUGGUGCUACAGGACACCAGCAUUCAAGGAAUCGAGAACCAUCCGAUGCACUUCCAUGGCCACAACUUCCACGUGGUGGGACAAGGCUUCGGAAACUAUGACCCGGUGACCGACCCUUGUAACUUCAAUCUCGUCGACCCUGUGGAGAAGAACACCGCCGGCGUCCCGGUCGGCGGAUGGCUCGCCAUUCGCUUCCGAGCUGACAACCCCGGUGCAUGGCUCAUGCACUGCCACAUCGACUUGCAUCUCAGCUGGGGGUUGAAGAUGGUGUGGGUGGUCAACGACGGGCCACUCCCCAACCAGAAGCUCCCUCCUCCACCGUCCGAUCUUCCAAGAUGUUGAUGCUGACCGCUGGAUCGGUCGCGUGUGUUCUGGGGCUUGCUUGCUUGGAAUUUUGUCGUGGUGUAUCGAAACUUACUACGUCUCUUCUCUCUCUCUCUCUCUCUCUCUCUCCCCGCCUACUGUUGCGGUCAAAAUUGGGUUUCCUUAUUUUGAACUGUAAAUUCCCACAUCACAAGCUCCCAGAUUAGACUUUUUGAUCUUGUUCUUGCUGGUUUUCCAAUUGAAUAAAAAUAAAAUUGGUUCCUGCCUUAAAU